UUUGGUUUAGAUCCUUAACGUAAAGAGAGAUAGAAAUUAGCAUAAGAGAUACAUCAGAAAUCAACUUAUUAUAAAGAGAGAGGGAUGAAUUGAGCAAUCGAUAAACAUCCAGAAAUGGAACUAUACUGGGCUUGGGUGUCUGCUGCCACUUUGGCGACAUGCUAUGUCUUUGUAGACAUAUUUUUGAGGAGGUUGAAUGGAUGGUAUUAUGAUCUAAAGUUAUGCAAGAAACAACACCCUCUGCCUCCUGGUGAUAUGGGAUGGCCUCUUAUUGGCAAUCUAAUUUCCUUCUACAAAGAUUUCUCAUCUGGUCACCCUAAUUCAUUCACCAACAAUCUUCUUCUCAAAUAUGGACAAAGCGGUAUGUACAAGACUCACUUGUUUGGGAAGCCAAGCAUAAUCGUGUGUGAGGCUGAGAUUUGUAGGAGAGUGCUUACAGAUGAUGUAAACUUUAAGUUUGCGUAUCCAGAAUCCCUGAGACAGUUGAUACCAGUACAAAGCAUUUCUCGUGCUGAACAUAGGCAAUUUCGGCGCCUAAUCAACACUCCCAUCAUGAAUCACCAGGCGCUAGCGGUGUACCUGGAACGCAUCGAAAACAUAAUGAUCAAUUCGUUAGAAGAAUUAUCUAGCAUGAAACACCCCGUUGAGUUGUUGAAAGAGAUGAAGAAAGUCACCUUCAAAGUCAUCAUCGACAUUUUAAUGGGAACUUCCAUUCCGCACAUGAUCACUCAAAACAUGGAAAGUUUUUUUGCGGAGUUGUGUAAUGGGAUGCUCUCUGCCCCCAUUAACGCACCUGGUUUUGUGUACCACAAAGCACUCAAGGCACGUAAGAAGCUGGCAAAAACAGUUCAAUCUGUUGUAGACGAAAGGAGACUGAAAUCGAAAAAUGGCCAAGAAGGAAAAGAUAAAGCUUUUAUUGAUAGUGUUCUGGAAGUCAAUGAUGAGAAUGGUCGGAAACUGGAGGAUGGGUAUAUUAUUGACCUACUAAUAGCAAUAUUAUUUGCUGGCCAUGAAACUUCUGCAACUACUAUGAUGUGGACAAUUGUAUAUCUUACACAACACCCACACAUCUUGAAUAAAGCUAAGGAAGAGCAGGAAAAAAUCAUGAAGGUAAGAGUGUCCUCGCAGACUAGAUUAAAUCUUCAGGAAAUUAAGCAAAUGGUUUAUCUUUCUCAGGUAAUUGAUGAGACGUUGCGGUGUGCCAAUAUUGUGUUUUCAAUGUUUCGCGAAGCUACUUCUGACGUGAACAUGAGUGGUUAUGUUAUACCGAAAGGAUGGAGAGUGUUAAUUUGGGGAAGGGCUGUUCAUAUGGAUCCAGAAAAUUACCCAAAUCCAGAAGAGUUUAACCCAUCGAGAUGGGAUGAUUACCAUGGCAAAGCUGGAACCUCUCUACCUUUUGGAGUAGGAAGUAGGCUGUGUCCCGGAAAGGACUUAGCAAAACUUGAAAUUUCUAUAUUUCUUCAUUAUUUCCUACUUAACUACAAGUUGGAGCGAAUAAAUCCAGAUUGUCCAAUUACUUUCUUGCCAAUACCCAAGCCCGUUGAUAACUGUCUUGCUAAGGUGAUAAAGGUUUCAUGUAAUUAAUUAGCUUGUUAUGAAAAUCAAGUUUCAAAACUAUUUGGUUGCAAAUACAUACUUUGCUUCUUAAGUUUCAAAAGGGAAAAAUAACAGAGUAAUAAGUUUGUAGGUACGUACAUUUCUUUUUCUGUGUUGCUACUCUUUUGAAUUUUCUGGGCUUACUAGGGAGAGCUUUGUUCCCUAGUGUUUGAUCCAUCAAUAAUGUUUCCCUAAUCUUUCUAGAAAACAAAGUUUGUAGGUACAUAAAUUUGCAGUUGGAUUCAAUAAAAAAACCAUAUUUCUCAUUCUC